GCAGAAGCGUGGUGCACCGACGCCAGUUGCGUCGAGCCUGAACACACCGCAAGAGGGCGCGACGGAUCGUGAAGAAGCAGCGCGUUCCUCGGACAAUCCGCCGUUGGUGGUUCCGGUGACGUUACAGGACCACACCGCACUCCAGGCAGUCGCUGGCCAUAUGGGUGUGAAUAUCAACGACCCACAGCAUGUGGAGGCCCUCACCUUCCUGAGGAACAGAGGAGUUAUUCGGGCAGGGGACGACCACACCGCCAUGGAGCCGGAGAUCUGGUUUCAGGUGCUGCAAGUGGACCCGACGACGGUGCCCCAGUCCCAUGGGUUUUUCUCGGCGAUGACGAUGCUUACGUUCAAGGCCUGGGACCUUCGCUCGGCAUUCCUGAGCCGAUUUGGGGGACAGUCUGGCACACCGCUGUACGUGGAUGCGACCACACCGCGGGCGGGGAAACACAUCAGGGUUUCCCCGUGCGCUCCUCAGUGGCAGCGUAAGCUGGAAGCACCUUUGAGAGUGGUGAUCGCGGUAAUUAAUGCACAUGAGGAUUUCCGAGGCCAACGCCUCAUUAUCCUUUGGAAGUCUUUAACUGUGAUGGCUCCAACAGACUCGCCGGACUUCAACCCAGACCACACCGCCUUUGCUCGUUUGUUUUACGAGGAGCAAGGGGGGGUUUUUAAAGGUCGCCUCGAGGUCUCGGCUGAUUUUGCUAGGAUCAUGCAAGCCCCGGCCACAACGCAAAGCCCCGAUGGUGACGCAAAUGAGUCACUAUGGGCUGAAAAGUGGAAUGAGGUCAUUUGGGGGCCACAGCUAGAGAUGGAUAGGAUGGAGGUGGAGACCUAUGGCAGGGCCAAAGCCGAAGCCCGAGCCGGAGGCAGGGGCACGAUGUAUGGCGGCGGCAGAAAGCAUUGGUCUUCCACGUUGCUUCAUAAUUCGUAUUUUUCUCCGUAUCCUUUUGAAUUGGAGAUCAAUGCCGUGGACCACAUCGCCUAUGUGUGGGACGAGUUCUGCGAUAAA